AUGACGGUUCAUAAUCUGUACAUAUUUGACCGGAAUGGGAGCUGCUUGUUUUACAGCGAGUGGAACCGGAAAAAGCAGGCGGGGAUCUCGAAGGAUGAGGAGUUCAAGCUGAUGUACGGGAUGCUGUUCUCCAUCAGGUCCUUCGUCAGCAAGAUGUCUCCUCAGGACAUGAAGGACGGCUUCCUGUCCUUCCAGACCAGUAAGUACCGGCUCCAUUACUACGAGACGGCCAGCGGCCUGAAGUUCGUCAUGAACACAGACCUGUCAGUGAGCAACGCCAGGGACACGCUGCAGCACAUCUACAGCAACCUCUAUGUGGACCUGGUGGUGAAGAACCCUCUGGUUCCGUCCUGCCAGCCUCUGGACAGCGAGCUGUUCGGAACCAGACUGGACUCCUUCAUCCGCUCCCUGCCGUACUACAGCCCGAGGGCCGCCUGACCGGUCCUGGUUCUGGUUCUGACCCGCUUCUCACCCUGCCGUACUACAGCCCGCGGGCCGCCUGACCGGUCCUGGUUCUGACCCGCUUCCCUCAGUCCUUCAGAACCAGAAUCAGUCCAAGGUCAGAAAAGUCUGGAUCUGGACCAGAACACUGGAUGGAGCAGAACCGGGUCAGCAGAACCGGGUCGGGCUUGCUGUAUUUAUUGAGUUGUUCUGUGUUUAAUAAAGUGAAGUUGGACCGGUC